AUGACUUCUUUCAUGAUCGAUGAAGCUGUGAACAAACGGACACCGCUGAAAUGGACGUCAUAUGACACAUGUCCCUUUUGCAAUAUUAUCGCAAAUAAACUCCCGGCUUUUCGAGUUCUAGAGACUGACAUGGUGAUCGCAUUUUUGGAUAUCCUGCCAAUCAGACCAGGGCACACGCUUGUCGUGCCCAAAAUGCAUUGUUCAAAUCUUUCAGAUCUUCCAUCAGACUACAGCCGAGCUGUCGGAGAAGCAUUAUCGACCAUUGCAAAUGCGAUCACGAGAGGCAUGACCAUCAACCUUAAUGUUGUUUGCAACCAAGGUUAUGGCCAGGCGGUGCCCCAUGUGCAUUUCCACAUGGUGCCGGCCCCCAGAACGGUGGAACCGCCCUCAACCCAAUCACCAACCAAUAGAUCAAUGAACCAUCAUGAAAUGGUGAUGUCGGAAUAUCACAGGCGUGAAGAGCUAGAUGAGGAUACAGGCAGAAACAUGGCGGACAGGAUCAGAAGUAGAUUAUGA